AUGGCGGACCCCAUGGACGAAGAAGCAUCCGAGGCAAGUACAAACCCCAUAUGUCCAAACCAAUCUAACCUCCCCAGCGCCUCAAAGCCUCCCUCUGGUUCGCCGUCGGGAAAAUCGUCGAAGAAGAAAGCCUACGUCUAAACACGAGCGCAACACCCCAAUUCAUCGGCGCCUUAACAGAAAUGGUCUGGGAACAAAUCAGUAUUCUCUCAGUUUCCACCCAUAUCAUAAUACCUCUAACACAAUGGCAGAAAACGUCGCGCAGGACCUAGAAUCUUUUGCUCAGCACGCGGGUCGGACGACGGUGCAGACUGACGAUGUUCUCCUUGUUACUCGGCGGAAUGAUGCGCUGCAUGAUAUGAUAAAGGAUUUUAUUGAGACGGAACAGGCAAAGAAUGUCGCUGCGAAGGAGAAGGGGAAGGAGAAUGGUGCGAGGGGGGCGAAGGCUGGGAGGGGGAAGGCGAGGAAAUGA